CACUCUCACCAGGAUAACUGGCUGAAGUUUAUUUUGAACUAGUAAUGUUUUGUACAGUUACAGAACAUUUUUCAUUUGACCCAAGUUGUGUAUUAUUUUUAAAAAAUGAUAUCUAAGUACAAUCUGCUUGUUAUCAUCGCAACGUAGGCAGGAUUUUUUAGUUUUUAGUUUUGCUAGCAGCUGACUUAUUCAGCGAGUUGAGUUACUGAAAACUUUUUCCGUGUUAGUGUUUGUUUAUUAGCUGCUGUAGAAAUAAACAGCAGAAAACAGUCACUAGGAACAGCGUUUAAGAUGAGCAUUAAUAAUCUAACGUCAAUUAAAAAAAUAUAUGCAACGAUUGUGGGGUGCCUUUGUGAAUAAUUAGCUGUAAGAGUCAGUUUAUUUGUGAGCGUGUUUCCUGAUCGUUCGGGCGCUGAUGAGGAAGCGGAACACCAGCGCGGACAUGCAGCGCUUUACGCAGAGAGCGAGGGAGUGGGCUGUGACUACUGUAAGUUACUGCAUGAGAUGAGUCAGAUGACCUUCCUGGAAGUCCCUUCAUAUUUCAACAAUGUCAAGAAUAGCAUGGUAUCAAGAAAAGAUUGGCGCUUACGACCAGCAGGUAUGGGAGAAAUCUCUGGGACAGGCUGAACUGAAGGGCAUUAGAAAUAAGCCGAAGAAAACCGGCCACAUCAAGCGUGACCUCAUAGAUGUCGACCUGGUGAGGGGCUCCACGUUUAGCAAGGCCAAGCCGGACAGCCCAUGGACAGCUCUGACCCGUAAAGGCAUGGUCAGGGUUCUUUUCUACCCAUUCUUCUUCAAGUGGUGGAUCCAGGUCACGUCCAGAUGCAUCGCCACCUUGAUUCUGGUGCUGUACUUCUUGCAAGUGGCAGCUGCUGUGCUGUUUACCGAAGUGCCUGCAGCCUCAGCCAGUGAGGUGCUGGGUCCGAUGUGCCUGAUGAUGUUAUUAGGAACAGUGCACUGCCAAAUAGUGUCCACUGAGUCGUCUCGGACCUCUGAAAGCAGCCUAGUGUCCAGCCUGGCCACGAUUCACACUACCAUCCAGAAAACAAGUUCUUCUCGAAAGAAAAGACAGAGGAAGUUUAAAAAGGCGAAGAGAGCAGAUCAGGCAGAUAAAGGAGCAGGACCGCUCAAGCCAUGGCAUGGCAAGGAGAGCAAGCACUUCUACAGAUCGCAGAAGGACCGGAAUUCUCUGAGGAAGAGCGUGAACGGGCUCUCUGAAGAACUUUCCAGCGAAGAAGAGGAAGUCGAGGUAACAGCACAACCGAGAGACAGACUCCUCCCAAAUCAGCAGACCAAACCUGCUCCUGGACUCAGGAAGAGACUUCAGAAUGCCACAGAGACCGCAGCCACUACAAAGCAGGAACAUCAUGAUGGUGCAACAACACCUCCAGAAAUGAAUCCGACGCAACCCUCUGAGGACUCUCGGCCUGCCUCUGACUCGGACGACAUGCUGUGGGAAGAGUUUCUACAGGGUUCUGACUCCGCCUCCUCAGCAAGUAGUGAGAGUGGGGAUGAGGGGCUUCACAGUCAUAACCACACCCUGCCUCCACCCACUGUUGUCAGCAGUGAUGAGAACAAGGAUUUCUCGCAGCACCAGUUUUCAUGGCUUCAGGCCUGCCACCCUUCUAAAGACCGUGUCAGUGCUAUUAUCUGGGAGCAGGGGGAGUGCAAGAAGGCUGAUAUGUCUGUCCUGGAGAUCAGCAGCAUAAUCCUUACGCAGGUAAAGUUGGUGGAACAGGGAAUGGGUUACCUGGUCUUCGGAGGGCUGAUUACGGCCACUUUGGCCCUGCUCCCUUUCUGUUUCCGAUUGGCUCAGGAGCUUGACAUGACCCGUCUGAACUCCAUCACCCUCAGCGAACUGGCCGUCAUGGCUGCCGGGAAGCCGAGUGCCUACUCCCUCGCGUUCUUCCUUAUCACCACUGCGGAGAGAGUCUUCCUCGCUGGGCUCUUCUUUUUCAUGAUGUGUGUUGCUGAAAGAACCUACAAACAGCGGCUGCUCUUCGCCAAACUCUUCAGUCACAUCACGUCAGCACGCAAAGCCAAAAAAUCUGCAAUCCCUCACUUUAGACUGAAGAAGGUGCAGAACAUCAAGAUGUGGCUUUCGCUUCGAUCUUUCCUCAAGAGGCGGGGGCCUCAGCGCUCGGUGGAUGUCAUCGUUUCUUCCAUCUUCCUCCUGGCUCUGUCUAUUGCAUUCACCAUCUGCGCUCAGGUGCUGAACAACCACCACACAUUCUUGGAAUGUGAGAGUAACUGGGAGCUGAUGGUGUGGGGCGCCGCUCUCUUCAUCUUCCUGCUGCGGCUGGCCACACUCGGGACUGAGACUAACCACAAGUACAGCAAUGCAUCUGUGCUACUCACCGAGCAGAUAAACUUGUAUCUGAAGAUGGAAAAGAAACCAGAGAAGAAGGAUGACCUCAGCAUUGUCAACAAUGUGCUGAAACUGGCCACGAAAUUACUGAAAGAGCUGGACACACCGUUUCGUUUGUUGGGGCUGACGGUGAACCCCCUCAUCUAUAACAUUACCAGAGUGGUCAUCCUGUCUGCAAUCUCAGCUGUGAUCAGUGACCUGCUGGGCUUCAAUAUCAGACUCUGGAAGAUCAAACCGUGAUGUGACACACCAGUUACCCUGCAGAGGGAAAGUGCUCUGUGCUGCUAAGAGGACCAAGCACUCUUACAUUUGUACAUGUGUGCAAAUCUACUGGCUAAAUCUACACAUUCCUGUGAAUCCUCAUGUCUAGAAUCCACUCAAGUCUGGUUGCCUUCAUUUAUUAUGUUCACUUCCCAGGCCCAGGUGCCUGCACUUGUUUUUUUAUUUUUUUUAAUUUUCAAAAAAUUAUUUACAGAUUAUUCUUUCUUACAACUAAUAUAAUUAACAGUUAUUCCAUGAAAUAGAGUCAUACAUGAGCUGAUGGCCAACGAGGUGCGUAGCGCUGAGUUGGCUAUAAGCCAUGUACGAUGAGAUUGAAUGGAAUAACUUUUAUUCUAUCCACAUUCACUGGGUUUUGAGAAACAGAGCAUUUUUAUUUCUAUUUUUUGCAAAUUCGACAAAUGAAAACUUUAUACAAAACGUCCGACAAAAUCAUUUCCGCUUAGACUGGAAACAUCUGCGAAAUGACGGUAGCAAUUUGUGAAAAAUGCUCGAAUAAUAAUUCUUGAAAAGUAAAAAAAGAUGUGUUCUUACCAUCAAAUACCUUUUAUUCUAUAUUUUGUUGCUUUUUUUUUGUAUCUUUUCAGGUUUUCUUCUUCUUUAGGGUUUUUUUUUUUUGGGCGGUUGGCACACAAACUGUAAAAGCUGCCCUGAUGUGGGUGGAGUACAGAAGUACAGCAGCCGGUUGUUAGUGCUCAGACACAUGUUUAUUUUAUUGCUUUGCAACAAAGACACAGUGUUUUCUUAAGACAAGGACAGCCAUACGCUCACACAGUCAUGUUCUGGUCCCAACCACCAUUCCUCUGCUCCCCUACUCCUUUUAUACAGCGUCAUCACUGCAAGAGACAGACACACACACACGUUAAUUGACGACAGGUGUAGCGAUUUGGCCACUCACCUUCCCCGACUCCGCCCUCCAUUCACAAACUGAUGCUCGGCCACGCCCACGCUGCCACACCAACUUAAAGGUGCAUUACUGCCACUGACUGGGUUGGAGUGUGGAAAAGGAGAUAUGGAAGGGGGAUGAUAUUCUUUUAGCUAUUUCUGUUUCUUUUAAAUACUUGAUGAUUUUUGGGGUUUUGUUUUCGAGUAGUUUUUAUUUCAUCCUCGGUUGGUUCAGCAACACACGCCGCCGUUUUGUUUUUCUCUACUCACGGUAAAUGAGCUGAUAGCCUAGUAGUAGAGUAGCCAAUCAGAGCGCGCGAUUGCUCAUAGCCAAUGAAUGUGGAUAGAAUAAUGACCAAUUUCUGGACAUGGUCAGUAUAGUGGCUUGUAUACGCUAAACAAGAAUUCCACGCAUUCCAUUUUGAUGCUGCAUAAAUGCUUAGUUUUCUAUUUCCAGAUCCAUGACCUGGAUACUCCUUUUGACUAAUUGAAGUUCACUCAGUUUUUACUUUUUAAAUGCCUGCAUUUUUAUCCAGAAUUGGAAUUUCCAGUGACGGUAAAGUUCUCGUCAUUGAUUUUGAUUUUGUUCGUGUUUCUGUGACCUGAUUUUCUAGAUGUGGUGGAAAGCUCUUCAUGCAUUUGUGUAUUUCUGCAAACUGGCUUGAUCUGAACUAACUCUGGAGGUGAUUGUGACCUGCUUAGAAAGCCACUCUUUCACUUAAAACCACUAGGUGCUUUAUGACUGUUUUAUGAAGAAUGUCUUACACAGUGUAAGCUAUUUAUGGAAUAAAAGCAAUGAAAUCGGAGUGAUGUUUUAGGGGUAAUGAAAGAAUUGUAUGUUCUUUCCCUGUAGGUGAAUUCGAUUUAAUUCAUAUUAAACAUGUUUCAUAAGAA